UCUAGUUUGUUUAUAAUAACCAAGGUAAAUAUAAUUCUGGUUUGACGAGGUAAAACGCGACAUCGGACCAAUUUACUGAAGUAGCUAGCCCGAGGGGAUUUAUUCGCGAAUCCCAUCGACCACAGGAAUUGCGAUCAGUACAAAACGCCCCUUUAUGCCAUCAAGUUGUGCCUGACUGAUGUGUGUCAUUCGAGCUAAUUGAUUACAGUGUGGUUGACAACAUCGCGCGGGUACAGUACAGUAUUUUAGUUCAGACUCGAUACAAGGUAGGAUUGUGUUGGCGCUAGCAUCAAAAGUUACCGUCAGAUUCUGGUCUUCUAUGAGAUAUUAAAUAUCGAAUCGCGGUUAUAAUAGAUCAGUUAGUUCAUUCUUGUAUUAAAGUUGGGAUUAAUCUACAUCGCCGCACUCACAUGUAACUGUGGUAUAACUUCGGAUCAGUCAAUGGACUCGGACAAUAACAAAUGGCUGUACAGUACUAUCGUCGACAGUUGUAAUAGACCUAGACGCAAUCCGUCAAGACAGGAACAGACUAUAUUUUCAGAACAUUGGACAAUAAUGCGGUUAUUCUCCGUUAGCAGCGGAUAAUUAUUAUUUUACAUGUAUUAUGGCCUAUAUGAAGAAAUGUGCAAAUGGAAACUGCAACGAAUAGGCCUAUAUGAAUUUCUUGUUAUAGUUUAUGCAAAUUGAAUCCAGUUGGAAGUUACAAGGAAUAUAAUUGGAAAUUCUCCCUGCAGUCUUAUACCGUUAUUAUUCUGUACCACGUGAUCCCAAUAUAUCCGGCCUACACCCAGUACACUGCGUUUUUAUUUUGUCAGUCUAUGUGUGGACGCAACAUCAAUGAAACGAUUUAGUCGGGUUCAAGGGCGGCUUAUCUAAUAAACGUAAACGGCAAAGCCUCAUGCCGACGCGAUUUUAUGCUAUAUUAUAUUCAAGUGCCAAAUUUAAGAAAUGGAUUUUCGUUGCAUUGCGCGAAGUAACCGGUAAACAAGGCUCUUGAUUCCGUGCGGGAGUUUUACUUGACGAAGAGGCAAAGGUUACGUAGACCUAUAAAUACCACUGCAACAUUGUUCAAUUUCAGUUUUUAACACUUCGCAAUCAAAGAUGAAUGCACGUAGAAGAGGCAACUCUAUUCAUUGUAUUUUGAUACUAUUUACACUUCUACAAACUUUGCCAAUUGCAAAUUGUUUUCGAAAUAUCAGAACAAGUGAAAAACGAACCAAACGAUGUGAACUAGCUAACGCAACACCUUUCGAAGAGGUUUAUUGCACAAGAGACAAUAACAUCGAUCUUAUUUGCACAGAUAUAGAAAACGCAGAAGAGGAAUUGAGAGCUCCUGAAAAGAGAAUACAAUCUAUCGAAGAGUUCAGCCUCAUAAAAUAUCACUUCGAUGAACCACAGGACAUAGAGUAUGUAUGCAAUAAUACGAAUGACUACACAAUCAGGGGCGGAGUAGCUACAAGAAAUCUUGCUGCUGUAGAGAAGGAACUAAAAGAGCCAAAUAUCGAAUCACCACAUUGUGUUAUUAAUGUUUUUCUACCAGAUGAUAGGAAUGAAACUAUGCCUGGGGAUCUAGUGGAUUUCGUCUGCAUGACAUUCGGAGGUAAUCCACUGCCAACGGUCAAAAUGUAUAAAGGUGAGUCUGAGCUCCCUGCCAUCGACCAGUCUUUUGACGACACAAGGCAAUUCUACUAUAGAACGAAUGUCUAUGAAGUAGACAACGGUUUGGACUUCUCUUGUGUAAUGAGCACACCUGCCUUGGAAACCGAACGCACUUGUGUUGCGCAUGCUCUUCACAUUUUGCCUACAGCGGAAGUAGCACCUAAAAGAUACAAUGGAUUUCUUGGAGAUACAGUAACAUUUACGUGCAGCGGAGAAGGUGUACCUUCAAUUGAAAGCUACACCUGGACAACGUCACCUCCGAAUGCAAUGAAGAAAAUGGGCAAACGAUUACAAAUAUCUGAAGAUACAAAGUCUGUGACAGUAAGAAAUCUGAAAAGACAAGAUCAUAAGGUUCGUUUCUACUGUACAGUGGCAACAGUUAAUGGACUGACAGCUGAAUCACGUGGUAAGAUAUGGUUAGAUCUCCCGACUACAACGUUGCCGCCGACCACGACUAUACGAUCAACAACGAAUUUACCACCGACAACGAUCAGCAAAACGACAAAUAUUAUGCAGUCUACAUCGCAUUUAGUUGACACUGCGGAUAUUGGUCCUCGUAUUGCAAUAACACAGACUCCUAAAGGUAAAACGGGAUGGAUCCCAAAGAUGCGCACUAGGUUACCGCCACCACUACUACCACAAAUAACGACCGAGCCACCGGUGAACGCUACCGAAGUUGGAAGCACGAUCCCAAAGGACGAUCCAAGCAUCACACAACGUAUCAUUGUCAUAAUUGUGCUUUGUCUAUUGUUCUUGUUUAUUCUUAUUUGCAUCAUCAUCUGGAUAGCUUAUCGUAAGUUCCAGUAUACCAAACCUAGGAGCAAAUUGACCCUUGAUGAAAUCGUCAUCAUCAGACCGAGAGCACACCAAGAUGUCCACACAGAUCGCGACGAUUACGCCGUGCCAGACGUUCCAGUCAAUACUGAGCAAUCGGAUAUGUAUAGUCCGCUCCGUCCAUGCAGUGAAGUUGGUUUGUUUGUAAGUGAGCAUUAUGUGGACAACAAUAACAUUACCGUAGAAGCCGACUCGCCAAUAUACGCUACUCCUAUGACGAAACGGAAAGAUCCGGAGGGCAGCGAGACACCCAAUGAAGAUGAUAACAUAGAGACGCAACCUGACUCCGUGACCAUCCAAAACGGUGGUGUUACCUACGCGACUUGUAUGAAACAAAUGUUUAAAAACAAAUUGACAAUCAAAGAAGGGUCGUCGUUUGAAGAACUCUUUAAGAAUUUCGACAAGAAUAGCAAACAACGUUUGUUUUCUUCGCAGUCUCUCAGUAGCUUGCUUGUUUCUGAAGACGCAGAUGGAUACUUAGAGCCAUCUAUCGUUGGCAGUGCCUCUAAUAUACCACCCUCAAAAGGAAACGGAAAGUCGAAGAUUGAGAGAUCAAAAUCAUUCGCAGCACCUGGAACUGAACCAUUAUACGCGUCUCUUGACAAUCUUCUUGAUAGCGGACCAUCAAAAGAAGUAGGCCUUCAAUUUGCAGUUGCUAGUAGCAAUCAUAGUCCUACGAGAACGGCAACCAAGGUAGUAGAAGCCAUCUCAAAAGAAGACAUUCAACCUACAAAACCAGAUGGACAAGAAGCAAAUGUCCCGAACAGUAAACCGAGCCCUUUACAGAGGCCUUCAAGUCUACCUAAGAAACCACCAAAAAUUGCGAAGAAGCCAGUAAAUCGGAACAAUUCCUCUAGUGGGUCUUCCAGGAUACAGCGAACACGACCGACAGCACCCCUGGAACCAUCCUACUUGUCGUUGACGCCGAUGUUUAGCCCGGAAAAACCGUCAUACGUCCCGCGCAAACCAGCAUCAUUUAUAUCUUAAUGCAUGAUGGACACUAUAUGUAACCAUGAAUGGUCAAGAUAUGAAUGAUGUUCACUGACAUCGACAACUCUAAGCUCGAAUGCCAUAUUACGUAUUGUUUACAUAUACAUGGACAUUUAUAUGCAUGUGCACUAUAGAUGUGAUGUCUUUGUCACCAUCUAUAAACAAUGGACAAUCAAAGACACAAAUAUUAAUCUGGAUUGAUAUUAUAUUUCAGUAGAUUUUGUAUUUCAGUUUAAAUAAUAUUUAUGAUAUAAAUAAUCAUUUUUUUUAAAAUUUCUGAGCAAGACAUUUUGAAACUAUUAUUAU